AUCCUCCUUCUCCUCUUCUCUCCGUGUAAGCCUGCAAAAUCCUCUGUGAUUUGUUUUUAUAAAUAUAUUUUUGUUUGAGUUUGAUGGGUAAAUAUGAUAUAAAAAGCAAGCAGGGAUUGUGUGUAUCGGCGUAGUGCUAGAAUCAAUGCACUCUGAUCCGAAAGAGUUCCCUGCAACAUCAAACCAAAAGGGGAAGGUGAGCAGUUGUUCUUCAUCCGCCUGUUGAAAAUUUUUGGUUUGGAAUUUGGGAUCCCAUUUUCGGUUUGGGAUCCCAUACCGAACCAUCCCUAGAAACUAUACCCCAGUUUCUGAGAGAGGUCGAAGGAAGUAUAGAAAGCAAGGUCUGAAGAAGCAAAGAGAAUCAUAACGAAAGUAUGAUUCCUUUUUUUGACCUGCAACAUGGGCGAAGCAUGUCGAUGUGCUCAACAACAAAAGUCUGAGAAUUCGAGGAGAGCUCCCAAAUCAAAUCAAAGGAGAGUGAAUCAAACCCAUAUCGCACUCUCAAUAGUUAUCUGCUCCAUCCUUUUUCCCUUCUGUCUUCAACAUAAAUCUUGUCUCCCGCGGUAGAGUCGAACUUAUCCCUUCUCAGUAGUCACUGCUUCUGCAGAAAUUGUUCAAUGGCAUACAGAGGGCGUGGUCGCGGUGGAUUUUCGGGUGGUGGCGGUUUUGGCUUUGCUAAGCAAGAGCCCUUUGUGCUUUUUCCUGACAUUGAUUUGCCUAUUCCCAAAGGUAUAUCUGAUCUACAGCAAAAAACAGACGCUGUUAUUGAGGAAGAAAACUUAAUCAAUCAAACUCGCAAGUUCCAAAAAAUUUGGAAAGAGUCUCCUUAUUAUCUUGAGCAAAGCACUUCGAAUGAGAGGCAAAACGAAGAUGUAGAAAGAUAUUCUGACAGAACAAAGCCAAAAACCACGAUAAGACGCGGUUCUCUUUUUAGUAUAUUGGAGCUCAAGGGAUUUCCUCAAGAACUGACCGGAGGUUCAAGGGUGCAGCAGCCAGGUCGAAAGAGAGUUCGAUGGAAUCCUAACUCAGGGCUGGAGAAGUUGGAUUUAUUUGAAAAGCUCGAGCAGCGUCAGGGCCAAAAUGAUACAAAAGAAAAGAAAGAAGGUGAAGGUGAGGAUGAAGAUGAAAAUGAAGAGGAGGAGGAACAAGAGGAGGAGGACUUUAGUGAUGAUGAUUAUUAUAAGGGUUUUGAUGUUGAUGAUGAUGAAGAUGAUUAUAAUAUGGAAGAUGACGGUGACGACGAACCCCUUUUAUAGUGAGAAGGUGUUGCGUGCGAUGUGUACAUCUCAUUUCUCUUCGAUCAAAUGGGGUAUGGCUGUGCAAUCAGUUACUAAUUGUUUUGGUACAAACCUCUUGUUCUUCGAGUAAAACAUGUCUUCGUCUGCCAACAUUACAGCUUUAUUUUGGAUCUUCUACUAUUUACCAGAUCGGUCAUGCAUUGACGUUGUGUAUUGUCGUAGUUUGCUCUUGAAUCCAAGUUUGUAGACUCCGAGAACAAAAAAAAUCGAAAUCAGUGCUUGGUAAGGCUGUUUUCAAACUA